AUGGGGCCGGCGGCUUCACACUGCGCGUCCUGCCUGCAGUGCGUCGGCGUGUUUGACGGCCACCAAGGCGCGCUCACGGCGGCCCUCGCCGCGCAGCACAUGCCGCAGCUCCUGCACAGCGCGCUGCUCGGCCGCGCCCUUGCGAGCUCUGCCGACACGCGCCGGCUGCCGGACGCGCGCGGCGGCGCGGGCAGCGCGGCGCUGAGCGCUUUCGAGGCGGCGGUGGCGGCGGCGUUUCUAUCGUUCGACCGGUGGUGGCGCGACGCGCGCUGCGACCCCGCGCUGACUCAGCACGGCUGGGACGAGAGCGGCGCCACGGCACUGGUGGGCCUGGUGGCGGGCGACACCCUGACAGUGGGGAACGCGGGCGACGGCGCCGCCCUGCUGGCGCGCGGGGGCCGCGCCCACCGGCUCUCUGAGGAGCACCGCGCUGGGAGCAACGCGGCCGAGCUGGAGCGUGUCUUGUCGGCAGGCGGGCGGGUGGUGACACUGUGGCCGGGGGCGGCGGCACGCGUGGCGGGCUCAACAGGGCCGGCCAGCUCCUGGGCGUCCAUGGUUACGCGCUCCCUGGGUGACUUUGCGUUCAAGCACCCCCACCCCAUCCUGUCCCCGGAGCCGGCGCUUCGCAGCGUGGCCCUCACACCCAGCGACAGCCUGCUGUUGGUGGCCACGGACGGGGUGACAGACGUGCUGCCUGACGAUGACGCACUGGCCAUCGCGGUGGACGCUGUGGAAAGGGGCAGGCAGGUGACCGACGACGGCGCCGCGCUGGCAAGAGCGGCCGCCGCCGCAGUCGCACGUAGUGCGCUGGUUUGGGGCUCCGACGACAACGUGACGGCAGCCGUCAUGCUCUUCGACUGGACCGCCCACGAGUCCCUGUGA